GUUGUUUUCAGCCGACUGUCCCUGGCUACAUUUAGUCAGAAACUUCAACCGCUUCAUUCUUCCUACAUCAAGUUCCAGGGUUCAGGAUGAUGAAGAAGCUGCUGGUGGACGUGGACUGUGGCGUGGAUGACGCUCAGGCCAUCAUGCUGGCGCUGGCCGCCCCCAAUGUGGAGAUCCUGGGCAUCACCUGCGUGCACGGGAACACCGCGGUGAAGAACGUGUGCAAGAACGUUCUGCGGGUUCUCCAAGCCUGCAAUAAGCUGGAGAUUCCAGUCUUUAAAGGCGCUGACAAGCCUAUCCUUGGGAAAAGACUAAAUGCGGGAUCCUUUCAUGGGAAGGACGGGCUGGGCGACGCUCCUGACCCCAACGCUCCAGGUCUGGACCAGCUUCAAAAGGAGAGUGCCGUGUCGGCCAUAGUCAGGAUUGUUAACAAAAACCCAGGAGAGGUGUUACUGGUUGCCACGGCGCCCCUCACCAACCUGGCUCUGGCUGUGAGGAUGGAUCCGUCUUUGCCGGCCAAACUCAAAGGACUCUACAUCAUGGGAGGGAACACCGAGUCCCGAGGAAACACCUCGGUGUGUGGCGAGUUCAACUUCACUGCUGAUCCAGAAGCUGCAUACAUCGUGCUGAAUGAUUACCGGUGUCCAACCUACUUGGCCUGCUGGGAGUUCACCUGCUACAACAAGUUGCCUUGGGACUUUUGCGACGCCUGGCUGGCGCAGAACAGCCACAAAGCUCGCUUCAUGGCGAAGAUCUUCAGCCACAGCAUCGAGGCGUCGAAAACCGAACGCUUCGAGAAAGAGUUCAUCGUGGGGUCAGGCCUGAUUUCCUGCGACUCGUACGCCAUGGCGGCCGCCGUGGACGACUCCUUCGUCAUAGAGAGCGACCAGUUCCCAGUUAGCGUGGAGCUGGUGGGCACGCACACCAGAGGGAUGAUGGUAGUGGACACUCUGGGCUUACUGGACAAGACGCACAAAGUUUUUAUCAUAAAAAAGGUAGACAUGGAGAAGUUCAGGAAGAUGAUGAUGGCGGCUCUGAAAUGAGAGUCUUAACUUCAUACUGAAGGUCGGUGCUGUUCUCCACGUUUUGUGGUUCACUUAGUUUUUGUAUUGUAAAACCCAGUUACCUCAACAAUGUAAUGACUCCACUUUAAACAGACAAAACUUUGACUUUGGUCAUUAUUUAUUGAAGUUGAUGAUUUUCAUUCAAAAUAACAAAAUAAAAUGUUCUAACACGGAA